UGUAAGCUACGCGGCUAAUAAUAUGUAUAGUUACUUGGUUACAAAUCUAGGGAGUGCACAUGACAUGUCAAUUUAAUGAACGAUGCUGAUUGGAUGAAUCAUAUUCGAGAGCAACCGAAACACGAACAUACCGCGAUUGAAGGCAGAUAUAGAUGUCGCUCCAACGAUCCUGGUCCUGAUUUAAAUCAAAUAGAAAAGUCGUUACCUUUUCCUUCGGUUGAAGAUCCUUCACGUGUCUUGGACGAGCCCGCCAAGAAGUGACUCAAUGUGUAACGUUUGGCUUUUGAUUCCGUGUCCGAAAAUUCCAUUCUCACUCUCUCAUGAUGAAUAUUAAAUCCAAGGAUGAGAUCCGAGAUAUAAUUAGGAAGGAUCUUUUAGAUAUUCACAAUCGUGGCGUGGAACUACGAAAGCAUCUCGAUGAGAAUUUCGAUGAUAGUUUGGCUUAUUUGCGAGCAUUGGCUUCUCAAUUGUCAAAACCUUCAUCUGGCCCGCUUGUCGCUAAGACCCCAAAGAUAACGCGGAAGAGAGCAGUUCAACGUAUUGAAACAAUACCAGAAGAUGAGGUACUUCAUCAAGAUAAUAUUUCCUCAGCGGAGUCUCUUCAAUCUAUUAAUGAGAAAAAACAUAAAAUAAGCGAAUAUGGCGCUAGAGUAAAGAGAAGUGCAUCAAAAAGAGCAGCGGAUAAAAUCAAAAAACAAUGUUCUAUUUCUCUCGCCGGUAAACUACAACCUGAUGAUAAUGUCUGUACAAAGAAGAUAAAGAGAGAAAGUCAAGUCAAGAGAAAAAAAUCUGUGAGUAGUUCGGAUGAAGAGGAUAGUAAGAGUAGUUCUAAGUAUAGUAAAGUAGAUGAUAAUCUAAGGAAAAAAUCUGAACAAGUUGAUCAACAACCUAUUGUGGCUCUUACAAAAAUUAAACAGAUUGAAAAGAUUGAAGAAAAGAAUAUUUCUGAAUCGUCAAGAUCAGUACGUUCAGAUGAUAUUGAUGAAGUAUCUAUGUAUGAAGAUGCAAUUGGAAAACCUAUUCCAAUUAUGAGUUCAACUAUAAAGUCUAGUUCUUUUCUGCCUGGAAAAUUAAUGGACGCUAUUGUGGUAUUAGAACGUUUGUCACAACCGAAAUUAAAUGAAACAGUAGUAAUACAAAAGUCACAAAAUGCAAAAACUAGACAAUCAGAAGAAAGAACAAGUAGGGAUAACUUACAAUCAAAUGAGCAAAAUAUACAAUAUAACAAUUAUAAUGAAUUAAUGACAGAUGAUGAAUCAUCACCUGAAUUAAAGGAACGAAAGAAGCAGAUUACUAAGGAAAAAAAAUAUAUAACAUCUAAUGAGGAUGAAAUUCCUAAUACACCAAUGAAAACACUUUUUAAAAACAUGAUUACAUCCACAGUCGCGCACGAAACUAAACAUGGAUACAAAUCGAGUGCAUUAUUUAGUCCUUAUGCAAAAGAGACUGUAAAGAAGCGUGUUGAAGCUUUUGAGCAAGCAGUAAUGUAUAGUCCCAAGUCAGUCGAUGUAGACAUUCCAACUAGAGUAACUAGAACAAAAACUCGUGCAAUGAUUGCUGCAGAGACUGAGGCUAAAAUGAGAAAUACAGAGAAAAAUGUUGCACAAAUGUUAGCUCGUAAGUCACUUGCAAAAGCAAAGAGAAUUUCAUUAGCAAAACAAAAGAAAGGCAAUGAAGAAUUUAAAGAGAAUACGGAACAAAUGUCAGAACAAAUUGUUAAAUCAUUGUUGAAUGAUAAACCAAAUCUAAAGCAAACUCAACUGCAAAAAGUGACACCUUUAAGCAAGACAAAAAUAAUCCAGCCUUUAAUGUCUGGAAAUCGUAUUCACACUCCUUCACAUGCUCAGAAUCUUUUAAAUUAUCCGAAAACAUUAACUGCUUCUCGUACGAAUAUUGUUAGUAACAUCGAUUCCUUUAUUCAACCUCCAAAAAGUAUUAGUAAAGCUAAUUCAAUAGAGAAAUUAGAAAAAUUAGGGGAUAAAAGACGGCACGAGGAAGAUGCAAGAAAGAAGAGAGAGGAAACCUUGAGAUUACUUACAGAAGAAAAGAAAAGAAAACGACAAGAGAAAGAAUUAAAAAACAAAUUAGCAAGAGAAGCUAAGGAAAAACAAGAAUUGGAAAAACGACAGAAAGCUGAAAAAGAAAGAGAAGAAAGGGCAAAACUAGCACUUUUGAUGCAAGAAAAGCAACGCGAAGAAUUGGAGAAGAAGCGUCUUGCACAAUUGCAGCGAGCGCAAGAGAAGGAAGAACGUCGCAAACUGGAAGAGCAACAAAGAUUACAGAAACUGCAAGAACAAGAGGAAACGGAACGUUUGCUUGCCGAGCAAAAACGUCGAGAACAAGAAGCUGAGAAACGUAAGGAAGCGGAAGCGGGAGCCCAAGCUGCUGAGGCAUUAAAACAAAAAUAUCAGAUGAUUGCUGCUCAAGUUAAAUAUAACCAGGAUAAACAAGCCAAUAAUAAAAAUCAAGGUGUGACACAUUAUAUGUUGGAUAGUGAUCCUGAUGAUGAUGAAUCAGAUGAUGAAAGUAGACCGAAACAUGAGAUACCUUAUUGGGCACAGCCGCAAAUCCGUAAAACGCAACUUGCGAUACAACGACACAUUCCGCAGGAAAUUGUUUAUAAAUUUUUCGAUACUCGUAAGUGUACGCCAAAUUUAGCUGAAAUGUUUACUGGUAUAGAUAGAAAAAAAUUAGCACGUACGUCUAGUGCAAUCUGGAAAACACCACCGCGUUUUUCCAUGAUGGAAACAGAAUAAGUCAUAAUUAAAUCUAAGAUACUAUUACAUCUAUGUGAAAAACAUAAGGGCAAAUUGUUCAUUGUUAAAUCUUGAUGUUCAUAGAGCGACAAUAAUGUAUGUAUUUUUAUAAUUUGAUAAUUCAUAAUUUCCAUUUC